CAUCAAAUGAUAGAAGACAUAAUAAAACAAACAAUCAUUAUGAUGCAAAAUGCAGAUAUUGUAAUGAAUUAGUGAGUGGGCAGCUGGAAAGACUUAAAAAUCAUAUAAAAAGAUGUAAAAAUGUUGAUGAAAUGUUAUCAAAUGAAAUAGAAGAAAUUGAUGCAAUAUUAGCUCAUAUGAUUUUUGGUUUAGGUUUACCAUUAUCACUUGUAGAAGCUCCUGCAUUUGUAGAAUUUUGCAAAAAGUUAUGUCCAUCUUACAAGUUAGCUUCAAGAAAUACAGUAAAGUGA